ACUCGGUAUGCCGGGGCGGAAUGGGGAGCCUGCUGCGUGGUGCUGAGGCCGGAGAGCUGUCGGCGAUGGCGGGCGUGGGCUCCCCGUCCUGCGCAGCAAGCCUCUGAGAGCAGCCCUGCCAGCUGGGCGGGUUGGGUUCUCGCUGUGCUACCUCAGGCAAAAUAAAAAUGGGUGUGAGCAGGCUCACUUCUGAAGUAAGCCACUUGACCUUGCUUGAACUCAGUUAUGAAGCACUCGCACUACCUGUUUGCUGGAGGAGAGGUGGUCUGAGCCAGCAGUGAGCUGAACCACCCCCGAAUUCAGGGACAGAAGGAAUGUGUCUUGGGCCUGGAAUCCAGAGGAGAUUUAUUAAGCAAUGGGUCAAGAAGCUGGCAAACUUGAAUGGCCUGAACCAGCAGGAGGAUAUCAAACUAUUAUAGGUAGAAGAUACGGAAGAAGACAUGCCUAUGUCGGUUUUAGACCAUCUUUGAAUAGCCAAGACAGAGAUGAACAUCAAUACAAUGAAGACUGCGAACGAUUACAAUUGGAGGAUGGUCAGAAAGAGAAUUCUUUAUGUUCCAAUCCAUUGGUUCAAGUUUCUUCUGGUUUAUUGGAUGAGCCUUUGUUAGAAAAUAUCGGAACUGGAGAACCCUUUUGCCGAAGUGUAUUGAGCCGAACUUCUGAAGAAAACACACUACCAUUUUCUCUAUUCUCUUAUGGUCUGGAAGGCAACAAAAUCUCAGGGAACUUUAUGAAUCCUUAUGAAAAUUCUGAGGACCUUGCAGAAUACGUGUCUGAAGGGCAUAAUGAUUUGAAUGGUCAGAAUGGAAUUGCUUUUGUAAACAUUGACUCUUAUGAGCCAGAUGACAGUACUGAAGAGGAAGGUGAUGCUCAAGAUGAAUUUUCUUUGGCAAGAGAAGAAGCAGGUAUAUUUCAGGAAACACUAGAUAGCAUGCUUUCUGAAUUAGACAAAGGCGUAGAGUCUUUUACUGACUUGCAGUCCCAGUUGUCGGCUCUCAACCACAGUGUUUCUAGAGAAUUUUGUGAAGAAGCAGGACCAAUGCCUGUAAUGAGAUAUCUUAGCAUAGGUUCAGACUUGGCAUGUCCAAACAACAGGACAUUUAAAUCUUCUGCUGAAGAUCAAGCUAUACUGAAAAGUAACCUGAGUGAUGCCAAUUGUGAAACAGAGCAGAUAAGAAAUAUAGUGGAUGUUGGAAUCAGAACCCCUAUAGCAAUUGCUAAUGAAUUGAAUGCCAAUGAUGGAAAGACUGACCAAGGAAAUUCACCUGAGCUAGUAGUGAGACCUAAAAUAAGAAAACAAAAUACUGCAAACCAGUUGGAGAGAGAGAGGUUUCUUCCUAAUGAUGAUGAAGAAAGUGGUUCCCAGAGGAGAAUUGGAAUUGCUGAAGUCCAGCAAGGCCGUGCUGAGUGUGCCUUGCGAAAUAGUAAAGAAGAAAUGAGUUCUAGUAUGCUUUUUGAUUCAAUAGAGUACGAAGGUCACCAAAAGAACACAGAAACAGACCUAAGGAAAAAUACAGCAGUGCAAAAACAAAAAAAUGCGCCAGGUGAUAGCACUUUUUGGGAUGAGUUUGAAGACCGCAGCAGACACUUCUCAAUGUCUCACAAAGAUGAAGACAGCUCAGAAUGCAGUGAUGGAGAAUGGUCUACAACUGUGCCUACCUAUUUUACUGCUACAGAAAAAGAACAGUCUUCAAGUGAUGAGAGCUGGGAGACUGUCCCAGGCAGGGAGGAAUGUGAGCCUGAAGUGCAAAGCAGCAGCAGUAGCAUAGGAGAGGAGAACGCAGACUUCUGUUUCCAAGGAGGGCAACAGACACUAUUGGAGGAAGGAGAGAUUCCUUGGUUACAGUACCGGGAAGAAGUAGAAAGUAGCAGUGAUGGGCAAAACAAUCCAGUUAGUGAUUUUGCGCAUCCUGAAUUCUUCCUGUUGGAUGGAAAUAACAACCUUGAGGAUGACUCCAGUGUGAGUGAAGACCUGGAUGUGGAGUGGAGACUACUUGAUGAGUUUGGUGAUGGCCUAGGACUUGCUCAAGCCACUCCUUCUGUGGAUCCUCAGUUUCUCUCAUUUGUGGCACUAGAGGGACGCUUACAACAAGCUAUGGAGACUGCUCUGGCACAUUUGGAGUCUCUUGGAUUUGAUGUUGAACAGGCUCAACCACCAGCUACUAAAGAAACUAUAGAUUGUCUGCCACAGAUUAUCGUCACAGAUGACCAUGAUGGUGUAGGUCAAGAGCAGUGUUGUACUAUCUGUUGCAGUGAAUAUGUGAAUGAUGAAAUCAUAACAGAGCUACCCUGUCAUCAUUUGUUUCACAAACCUUGUGUAACUCUUUGGCUACAGACAUCGGGAACAUGCCCAGUUUGUCGACAUGUACUUGCACCCGUGCUUCCUGAAGCAGCUGCUGCCACUGUUUCCUUUCUAUCUGAUCAUGAUUCUGGAUCUUCUGUUCACAGUGCUACAGAAGCUUCAAACUAGGGUCUGAAAUUAUGUCUUUGCCACCAAAAUAAAAAUGUAAAUUUUUCCUGUUUAAUUACAAUGUGAAAACAAUUAUGUAUAAAAUAUUAUAUGUGAAAUACUAUCUAUAUUCUAUAUAUUAGUUUAGAAAGAGGGUGCAAGACUUUCUAAACUCUUCAGAUUUACAAUAAUAGCUUAAAUUUUCAAACUGUAAGUUGGAAGAACGUGCAGCCUUUUUUUCUUAGCAGAAUGUUGAUGGUAACUGUAAUGUCUAAAGCUUGUAUUAUGAUAAAUUUUUCCAAAAAGAUAAUUAAUGUGGCACUUUGUUCAAGUUCUUGCAGCUGCAGUGUAGUUGCAGCUUAUUAAAGUUAGGCUUAUAAUCAGCAAUGUAACUGAACUAUUUGGUUUGGUGCCACUGAGUGACUUUGUAAUUGAUCUCUCAUAUUUGCAUCAAAUGUGAAGAUGUUCUGUGAUGCCAGCAGUGGUAGAAUUUGAUUUCCCUGGAAACUAAUUGCAUAAUGGAAUGGUAUUUCUUGCCAGUUUAUUCCAUAAUAAACUUUUUUCUUAAUGUCAGAAGU